GAGGGGAGGGAGUUUGUCCCAGCCCUGCUGUGCACGAGGCCCAAGAAGUGGGCCUAUUGGCUCUUCGGGUCUGGGGCGGGGUUUUGGCCAUGGUCGGCUGAUCCCCGCCCCGGCAUCCUCAGUCCAGGCCAAGCAUUCAUUGGAGAAGGAGUUCCUACGCGAGCUCCUUCUGAGAACAGGCCUUUUUUCGCCGGGCGGGGACGCCCAAUAGCGGGUAAGCGGAGCAUUCGGCGAGGCCUGUCGUCCCAUCGCGAGGGGCAGAAGGAGCUGUCGGCGGCUUCCGCUGCGCACGGGGACCUCGGCGUUCAGCUGGCGGGCCAUUCAGCGGGCCAUGCUUGGCCUUCGCAAGGGCUUUAGCCCUCUGGUUUGUUGGGGCCCUCUCCCGGCCGUCAUGGGCUUGGGGGGGGGGUGGUGGCCACAGCUGGGUGGGGAAAACAUCCUCGGUGGGGCUGGCAACUAUUCUGGGUGGUGGCCUUAGCUAGGUGGUUGAUUCUCCCUGGGGCUGGCGGCCAGCUAUCUGGGUGGUGGCCAUAGCUGGGUGGUUUGUCCUUCCACGGGGGGUGGCAGCUAUUAUUCUGGGUUGCAGAUCCUUUUUGUGGGUUGCUGAUUGCUAGCCGGUUGUUUCCCUUUAUUUUGGAAAGGCUCUGGGGGUUCUCCUUGCUCAUUGUGGGCAGGUGUAAUAUUUUCUCCCUUAACCUUACAGCCUCAUUUGGUUCAAUCUUGUCAUUUAGGGGCAGGAGUGGUUCAAAAUGCCCAGGAAGGCAAAAGAAAAGAAAGGGGGCAAGCCCAUUAGACAGUCCAAGAGGCCUGCCCCUCCGCCUUCUUCUUCGGAAGAAGAUGAUGAAGAAAUGGUUCUCAUUAGGGGCCUGAUUAAUAGAAUGGAAGCACUCGAGAAGGCCAAGGCUGUUCCCUCUGACAAGGGUGCGGGCCCUUCUGGGGUGGUUGUGCCUACCAAGGUUCUUCAUCGCACACGCGGUACUGCCAGGACCCGGUUACUAAAGUCUUUUUCCAAUAGGCUGGAAGCGCUAGAGAAAAGUGGGGGCCCCGCUGGCCCAGUUCCUUCCACAGAGCCGGUUGAUCCAGGGAUGCCGAUGCCUAGUGGUCUGGUUCCUGCGCUGCCUUCGCCUGCGGUCCCUCUGCCUCCAUUGCCAGUGGAUCAGUCUCCUUUGGACCCAGCCGUCCCGAUGGCACCAGGUGCUGGUAGAGCAGCGGCUCCUGUUCGGGUCCUGGUGUGUGGCCAUUCAUUGGUCUUUUGGGCCUUCAAGCGGACCAGCACCUUCCAGUGGGGCACUCAGUUGGGAUUUGGAAGGAGGGCCUCGGUUUAUUGGUUGGGUAUGUGGGGUAUGCUGUGGAGCCAGCUGCUCCCUGCUAUUCGGGACCAUUUAGCUAAGUACCCUGAGCCCGAUAUUAUUGUUAUUCAUUUGGGCGAGAAUGAUUUAGGCAGGCGGACUGGCCUCUCUAUCAUUCAACAAGCAUCUUCCGAUCUUGCGAUCUUGCAGGGUUGGAUACCUGGGGUUCGCAUAUUAUGGGUUAAUUGGUUGCAAUGCAGGGUCUGGCGGGGGGUUCAGAACGUGCUGGGCAUUGAGAAGGCUCGGCGUAAAUCUUCUGCAGCAAUAGGUAAACUGGCGAGGGCAGCAGGGGGUGAGGUUCUGCGACAGCCUGGGCUGUCUGCCCGUUUCCCGGAGUUGUUUCGCCCUGACGGAGUUCACCUCUCUGAGGUGGGAUGUGACCUGUAUCUUAGCAACAUUCGGAAGGGGCUUGCUAAGUUUGUGGAGAGGUAUGGGGCAGGGAGGUCAAGCUAGGCUAACCUCCCUGGGUGGCAGUAACAGGGCAGGCGGGGUGGUAAUUUGAGGGAUAGAACAUCGGUGAGCACCCUUGGAUAUUUAAGAGGUGGACUGGUCAAUCGCUCCUUUGUGGUCUGUGUGGCACGGGGAGAAUGGAUUGCCAUGAAACCGGCUUCAGGACUUCACCAAUCUUUGGGCUGAGUGGUCCGGGGUGGGUGAAGACCUUGAAGUAUCCAGAUCCUCUCUUACUAAAGGGGGGGGGGGUUGGCUUUGAAGGAAUUGGGCUGGGUAUACCUGCCUGUUUCCCGAGCCAGGGUGUGUUGCCCAGUAGGGCGCUGGGUAGGACCUCAGAGUCCUAACCCAGUCCUAGUAGGCCCGCACUGUUCUCUAAGGGUGAUUAAUCACCUGGUGUUCCA